UUGGACGGCGGCUGCUGGCUUUGAAGUCCCCCUUCAGAUCUCCGAUAUUUGAAGUGUUCAUGGUAGAAGGGACGUGUGUUGAGAGAGAGUCCGCAGGAGCAAAGGGGACAUCCACGUUUGGGAUUUCUUUCGCUUUCCAUUUCCUUUCCCGUCUUUCUCAUUUUUUUCUGUUUUUUGGAUUUUCUUUUUUUCCCGCUGUCAAGCGAGGACGGGCGCUUUUCAUUACGGGGACGACGGAUUGGGACACGCAACCAUGAAUUUUUUUUUUUCUUUAGGGUAAAAAUACACAGUCAUCUGCCUUUAUUCGGCUGGGACCGCGCUAAGAGAGCCCCGGGGAUGCUUGGAUUAUAAAAUACGAUCUGCCAGGAAGGUUAUUGUGCCCGGUUAAUUAUGAUUCGAUAAAUGCAUCCUAGAUCACACCCUGCCGCUUCGCCCUGCUCCAAAUGAACGAUCCUCCUGGUCCAUCUGAAGGCAGACAGACGACCCAGCGCACCGGCAGCGACGGCGACUGGAGCAGCGGCGUUUGCUCCGCAGUCAAAAGCUCUUCGCCCCCUUUACUGUGUCCCUCGGAUCCUGUGCGUCAAGCCAAGCGGCUGCCAGUGCGGAUCCUCAAGAUGCUGACCGCCCACACCGGCCACUUGCUGCACCCAGAGUAUCUCCAGCCCCUGACCUCUGCUCCGCUCAGCAUCGAGCUAGAUGCCAAGAAGAGCCCCCUGGCCCUGCUGGCACAGACUUGCUCGCAGAUAGGCAAGCCGGACCCACCUCCCUCGUCCAAGCUGAGCUCUCUCACCUCGGGCAGCCUGGGUGAUAAGGAGCCAGUCAGCCGUUCUUCCACCUCCGCCCUCAAGGUGACGGAGCAGCACCAGCCUCUGGACGACAAGUCCAGCUUCAAGCCUUAUUCCAAGGUGAGCGGGGAGUGUCGCAAGGACCCGGGGGGCACCGGCAGCAGCACCGAAAAGGGUGGCUUUCGGGUCCCGAGCACCACCGGAGCCGGACCCGUUUCUGCUCCGCCCUUCGCCCCCCACACCCUCUCGCCGAACAGUCGGGUGGGCUCGCCCCCCCAGCAGUCCCAGUCGCAGACCCCCCCGUCCCAGCAAACGCAGCAUCCACAGGCCCUGCAUUUGGAUUCCAAGCCGCCAGGGGCAGAACCGAGCAAUUCAGAGAGCAGCGGCGGCGUCAAAAAGGAGGCGGAGCCCUGCAAGUCCAAUCUGGAGGGCGCCCAGCUCGCCAACUCCAGCACCACCCGCGCCAGCGUCAACGGUAGCAGCGGCAGCUCGGCAGGCAGCCCGCACCACGAGGGCAAGGCGGACAUGCACGCCCCGCCGUCUGGCCUGAGUUCCGGACAUGUGGCUCCUGUGUCCCCCUUCAAACCAGGCCAUUCAGUCUUCCCCCUGCCGCCCUCCAGUAUGGGCUACCACGGCUCCAUAGUGGGCGCGUAUGCAGGCUACCCUUCUCAGUUUGUGUCUGGGUUGGACCAUACCAAGUCUAGCUUGGUGGGAGGGGGGAUCGGCGUCCCGGGAAAACACCCCAGCUCUAGCCCCCUCACUGGGGCUUCUCCCCCAUCCUUCAUGCAAGGCCUGUGCCGAGACCCCUACUGUCUCGCCUAUUCCAAUGCCCCCCACCUAGGAGGCAGCAGCUGCUCGUCUUGCGUCCAUGAUCCCUCUGCACUCAAGUCCCAGGGCUUACACACCCAAGGAUUUCCGUUGGUUUAUCCCAGCCACCCGCUGCAUCCCCUGCACCCCAGUUCGCUGUCAUCGAGCGGGACGCCCUCACUCUCCCACCCGCUCUACAGCUACGGCUUCAUGCUGCCCAAUGAGCCCCUCCCCCACGCCUGUAACUGGGUGUCGGCAGGGGGGCCGUGUGACAAGCGCUUCUCCACGUCCGACGAGCUGCUGACCCACCUGCGCACGCACACCGCGCUCCCCGGCAUCGACGGCAAGCUGCUCUCCGCCUACCCCUCAGUCUCCUCUGCCAGCUCCUGCCAUCUGCACCUGCCCCCUCCUAGCAGCCCCGGCUCUCUCCCCGGCUCCUUCUCGCUGCGAGCCCCACCCAGCCUGGGCCUGUCCCGCUACCACCCUUACAGCAAGGCCCACCUGCCUGCGUCCGCCUCGCUGCCUGUGCACUCGCUGCCCGCUGCCCCCUAUUACUCCCCCUACGCCCUCUACAGCCAGAGACUGGGCUCUGCAUCUGCCCUGGGCUAUCAGUGACACACGCCGGACUCUCUUUGCAAUUUUCUGCAGGAGCGCCCCGGGUCCCAUGCCCGCGCGCUGUGCUGGGGCGCCCCCCGGUGGUCCCGGGGAGGAAAUGGAUGCAGGCAGGCCUGACUGGAGGCUUGUGAGAUUAGCUUUGUCUGUUUUUUUUUAUUUUUUUUUUUUUAUAUGUAUUUAUUUUUUACUCAGCGCUUGGAUUUUAAGGUGGGGAAUUUAUUAUCCAAAACAAUCCUAAAAUUCUUAUGACAAUGGUUAUGAUAGAUAUUAUAAUGAUACCCUUUUAUAAAUAAAGUCCAACGGUAUGCAACACGGUGACCCCGCGCUCUGGUUCCUUGAAUCCCAAUCUUACUUUCCACUUAAGCACCACCUUCUGAUUUUCUUUUCAAUUUUGUUCUGUCCCUGCGAUACAGGUGGUGUGCAUGACCUCACUGAUGUCACACGCUCACCUCCGGGUUCUUAAAAAUGCCAUUUAUUUUUGAUUUGUACAGGACAAUAUAGGGAGAAAAAAAAGAUGUAAUAUUUUUUUGUAACUGUAAUGGAGAGAAGUCCGGGUCGACUCAUGGAGGGAGUCUGAAACUCUGAAGCGAUGAAGAUGCUGUCCGUUUGCUGGGGAAGGUCUUAUUUUGUUUAAUAAAUGAUUCCUGAUUAUA